CGUGAGCAGAAGUAGUUCUGGUCGUCGUCUACCGUCUCGCUAUAGCCGUUUGAGGGAAGAAGGAGGAAAAUUAUCCGGUAUCGUUAGAGGCCUUAAUAUUUCCCUGAUUUUAUUAAUUGGCAUGAAUUCUUUAUAUAAUAAGGAUAUUCAUGUAUUGGUCUACAUCAAAAUCAUAGUGAGCCAAGCUUGCCACCAAGAGCCCAACAGUCACCAUGAUGCUGAGCACGGAAGGCAGGGAGGGGUUCGUGGUGAAGGUCAGGGGCCUACCCUGGUCCUGCUCAGCUGAUGAAGUGAUGCGCUUCUUCUCUGAUUGUAAAAUCCAAAAUGGCACAUCAGGUAUUCGUUUCAUCUACACCAGAGAAGGCAGACCAAGUGGUGAAGCAUUUGUUGAACUUGAAUCCGAAGAUGAAGUGAAAUUGGCUUUGAAGAAGGACAGAGAAACCAUGGGACACAGAUAUGUUGAAGUAUUCAAGUCCAACAGUGUUGAAAUGGAUUGGGUGUUGAAGCAUACAGGUCCAAAUAGUCCUGAUACUGCCAACGAUGGCUUCGUCCGGCUUAGAGGACUCCCAUUUGGCUGUAGCAAGGAAGAGAUUGUUCAGUUCUUUUCAGGGUUGGAAAUUGUGCCAAAUGGGAUGACACUGCCGGUGGACUUUCAGGGGAGGAGCACAGGGGAGGCCUUUGUGCAGUUUGCUUCACAGGAGAUAGCUGAAAAGGCCUUAAAGAAACACAAGGAAAGAAUAGGGCACAGGUACAUUGAAAUCUUCAAGAGUAGCAGAGCUGAAGUCCGAACCCACUAUGAUCCCCCUCGAAAGCUCAUGGCUAUGCAGCGGCCAGGUCCCUAUGAUAGGCCAGGGGCUGGCAGAGGGUAUAAUAGCAUUGGCAGAGGGGCUGGGUUUGAAAGGAUGAGACGUGGUGCCUAUGGUGGAGGGUAUGGAGGCUAUGAUGACUAUGGUGGCUAUAACGAUGGAUAUGGCUUUGGGUCCGAUAGGUUUGGAAGAGACCUCAAUUACUGUUUUUCAGGAAUGUCUGAUCAUAGAUAUGGAGAUGGUGGGUCCAGUUUCCAGAGUACCACAGGGCACUGUGUACACAUGAGGGGAUUACCUUACAGAGCCACUGAGAAUGAUAUUUACAAUUUUUUCUCACCUCUUAACCCCAUGAGAGUGCACAUUGAAAUUGGACCUGAUGGCCGAGUUACUGGUGAGGCAGAUGUUGAAUUUGCUACUCAUGAAGAUGCUGUGGCAGCUAUGGCAAAAGACAAAGCUAAUAUGCAACACAGAUAUGUGGAGCUCUUCUUGAAUUCUACUGCAGGAACGAGCGGGGGUGCUUAUGAUCACAGCUAUGUAGAACUCUUUUUGAAUUCUACAGCAGGGGCAAGUGGUGGUGCUUAUGGUAGUCAAAUGAUGGGAGGGAUGGGCUUAUCCAACCAGUCUAGUUAUGGGGGUCCUACUAGCCAGCAGCUAAGUGGUGGCUAUGGAGGUGGUUAUGGUGGUCAGAGCAGUAUGAGUGGAUACGACCAAGUUCUGCAGGAAAACUCCAGUGACUAUCAGUCAAACCUUGCUUAAGUAAAGAAGGAACACUAAACAGCUGUUACAGAAAUAAAAGCUGUGCAUUUAUGGGAGUUGUAGAAUGGGAGGGAUGUCUAGCCUAUCCAGUGUGAUUGGUAAUUGGGAAAUAUCAUUGAUUCUGAUCACUCUUGGACAACUUCUUUUUCUUUCUUUCUUUCUUUCUUUCUUUCUUUCUUUCUUUCCUUUUUUUGAAGAAAACAAAAAUUAAGUUUAACAGUUUCGCAUUACAGGCUUGUGAUUCAUGCUUACUGUAAAGUGGAAGUCAAGGUUUUAAAACUUCAAGCUCAGUAAUUUUGAACACUGAAGCAUUCACUUAGGAUGUAAUAACAGCGUUCAGUAUUGACCAUAACUGUUAAAACAACUUUCAGCUUUCCUCAAGUUAGUUAUGUUGUAGGAGUGUACCUAAGCAGUAAGCGUAUUUAGGUUAAAGCAGUUUCACUUAUGUUAAAUGUUGCUCUUAUACCACAAUACACUGAAAACUUUGGAUGCAUGUUGAGAAACAUGCUUUUCUGUAAAACUCAAAUAUAGGAGCUGUGUCUACGAUUCAAAGUGAAAACAUUUGGCAUGUUUGUUAAUUCUAGCUUUUUGGUUUAAUAUGCUGUAAGGCACGUGACUGUACACUUUUACUUUUUUUUUUUUUAAGAUCUGGGACAAUUUUGAGAUGUAAUACCAAUACUUUAGGAGUUUGGUCAUGUCGUUUGUAUGAGAUUCUGAGGCUUUGAUUUAAAUCUUUCCUUGUAUUGUGAUUUCCAUUAGAUGUAUUGUACUAAGUGAAACUUGUUAAAUAAAUCUUCCUUUUAAAAACUGGAAAAAUAA